AUGGGGCCCUGCCGAAAUGUUCUUCUGAUACUGGCCAUUCUUUCGGUGUCACGCGGAAUCGAUGUGCAGAAUAUGCACACAAAGCUCGGGGACAUUGUUGGUGUUGUCGAACAAGUUCGGAAUGAGAAAGUAUACCAGUUCCGGAACAUUCCAUACGCCAAACCACCCGUCGGAAGUCGGAGAUUCACCAAACCUGAAUUGAGCGGUCCUUGGGCUGGUACACUAAAUGCCACACAAUUUGGACCAUCUUGUAUCCAACCGAUGUUACCACCCCCUUAUAAUAAAUACUUGCCAAAUUUAAACCAAUCAGAGGACUGUCUUAUUUUGAAUAUAUAUGUACCACGUGAUAUAUCUCCGAAUACUAGGAAGUCGGUAAUGUUGUGGAUACAUGGAGGUGACUAUGUCUUAGGACAAGGUAUGUAUUAUGACGGGUCAUACCUUGCCUUAACGGGUGAUGUUGUUGUGGUAACUAUCAAUUAUCGGCUGGGCCUGUUUGGAUUCCUCAGUACACCUCACACAGGUGAAUUGAACGGGAAUUAUGGGCUCUGGGAUCAACACCUGGCACUGCAGUGGGUGAAGGACAAUAUAGACGACUAUGGAGGGGAUUCCAAUUCAGUAACUAUAUUUGGAGAGUCUGCUGGGGGCUUUUGCGUUUCAUUACAAGCAAUAGUACCACAGAAUCAAGGACUGUUUCAAAGAGUCAUUUCACAGAGCGGAAGUGCCUUGUCAAGCUAUUCUUACGUUAGUAGCAGUAAUAUGCAUACCACUGCAAAGCUGCUCGGUAUAAAACUUGGUUGUGCAAACACUUCCGGUAUUCCGACAUCAUAUGCAGAGUGCAUGCGUGGGAAAUCUACAGACGAUUUACUUGCGGCACAGAAUAUAGUGACUACGCCCACUGUUUCACCGCUCAACAUUGAUGAAAUGAUAGGGCCAGUCAUUGACAAUGACUUUCUUCACUCAUCACCCGAAGAGAUUAUGAAAGACAGGACGUCUGCAGGUUUUCAAUUCUUCAAAAACCUCGACUUUAUGACUGGAAAUGUUAAUGCAGAAGGCUCUGUUUUUUUUAAUAUUUUAACAAUGAUAUCGAAAUAUAAAAAAUUCGACUUAAAUGUUGGCGUCCCUUCCGAUGUGUUCUGUAGCUACAUCGUACCUGUUUUAUUAUCUUCUUAUUUCAGCUCUCAGAUCAAUAGCACUCUUCCGAGUGAUCUAAUUUGUUCCUUGUAUGGAACCUCGUCGCGCGGCCACGUAGACAACAAUGUCAUUGGCGUCUUCUCAGAUGUGUUUUUUAUAGUCCCAGCGAUAAAGGCACUCAUAGCUCAUUCUGACGACAACGCCCGAGCAUCAACGUAUCAGUACAUAUUCAAACGAAAAGCACUUGAUAUGUCCUUCCUAGAUUACCCGACUUGGUGGCGAAACGACUUUUCAGCUCAUGGCUCCGAACUCUUUUUCUUGUUCAAUAUUGAAGAUUUUCCUAGUAAAUUUAACAUGAGCGUGGGACUCGAUGAUAUCAGCUUCUCAAAAAGCAUGCAGAAAUACUGGACAAACUUCGCCAAAACUGGGAAUCCAAACUCAAAUGACGUCCCGAUGUGGAGUGGUUAUGACGCAGUAAACCAGAGUUAUAUCGAUCUUGAUGCUAAGAUCACCUCUGGACAACACCUGUAUGGAGAUUCGACCAGUCUGUGCAUGGAACCUGGUCGACUUGCACUUCUGUUACUUACCAUUAUUUCCACGACACAAGGAAUAGAGGUGCAACAUAUACACACAAAGCUCGGGGGCAUUGUUGGUGUCGUCGAACAAAUUCGAAAUGAGAAAGUAUACCAAUUCCGGAAUGUUCCAUAUGCAAAGCCACCCGUCGGUGAGUUGAGGUUCGCGAAACCAGAAUCAAGAGGUCCAUGGACUGGUAUCCUAAAUGCAACGCAAUAUGGACCAUCGUGUAUGCAAUCGAUGCAACCAGCUUUUCAAAAAAAUCUGCCAAAUUUAAUCCAAUCAGAGGACUGCUUGAUUUUAAAUAUUUACGUACCACGCGAUGUUACUUCUAACAGUAGCAAAUCUGUGAUGGUAUGGAUUCAUGGAGGUGGCUAUGUCUUUGGCCAAGGUAUGUUUUAUGACGGGUCAUACCUGGCCUUGACCGGUGACGUUGUCGUGGUAACAAUCAACUAUCGACUGGGGCUGUUUGGAUUCCUCAGCACACCUUACACGGGUGAACUUCACGGGAAUUAUGGCCUCUGGGAUCAACGCUUGGCACUUCAAUGGGUGAAGGACAAUAUAGACGAUUAUGGUGGAGAUCCGAAUUCUGUUACCAUAUUUGGGGAGUCUGCUGGGGGCUUUAGUGUUUCUUUACAAGCAAUAAUGCCUCACAAUCAAGGACUGUUUCAGCGAGUCAUUGCACAGAGCGGAAUUGCUCUCUCGACGCUGACUUAUAUCGGUGCGAGUACAAUGCAUUCAACCGCAAAGCGCCUUGGUAUUCAAGUUGGAUGUGCAAACACUUCCGGUAUUCCCUUAACAUAUACAAGGUGCAUGCGUGAGAAAUCUGCAGGUGAUUUACUAGCGGCACAGAAUAUAUUGCUUAUUCCCACUCUUCCGCCUCUCACAAUUGAUGGCGUAUUUGGACCAGUCAUUGACAAUGACUUUCUCCACUACUCGCCAGCAGAGGUACUGACAAACAGGACGUCUCCAGGUUUUCAGUUUUUCCAAAACCUCGACUUUAUGACCGGAAAUGUUAAUGCAGAAGGCUCUGUUCUUCUAAAUAUUUUAACACUGAUGUCUAAAUAUAAAAAAUUCGACUUAAAUGUUGGGGUCCCUACCGAUGUGUUCUGUAACUACAUCGUUCCGGUUUUUGUAUCUUCUUAUUUCGGCUCUCAAGUUAACAGCACUCUUCCGAGUGAUCUGGUAUGUUCAUUUUAUAGGUCUUCGUCGGAAAGUCCAGGUUACAAUGCCAUUGACGCCUUUUCAGAUGCAUUUUUCCUAACGCCAGCAAUAAAAGCACUCAUGGCACACGCGGAAGGCAAUACCCGAACAUCAACGUAUCAGUACAUAUUCAAACGUCCAUCUCCUGACCCAUUGCUCCGAAUAUAUUUGCCAUGGUGGCGAAACGACUCUUCAGUUCAUGCCUCUGAAAUUUCAUUUUUGUUCGGUCUUGAAGAUUUUCAAACCAAAUUUAACACAACCGUGAGUCCCAAUGAUGUCAUCCUCUCGAAAACCAUGCUGAAGUAUUGGACAAACUUCGCCAAAACUGGGGAUCCGAACUCUAAUGAUGUCCCGGUGUGGAGUGGUUAUGACGCAGUACAACAAGGUUAUGUUGAUCUAAAUACGACGAUCACUUUAGGUCAACAUUUGUACAGAGAUUCGACCAGUCUAUGGCUACAGAGACUGCCAAAGUUAGUCCAUAUCCAAGAGCCUGGGGGUGUUAUUGGCAAAUAA